GCAUCUCUUAUUCUCAUUAAGCUAUUCGCAAAUAUGACGUGAAUACAUUGCAAUACUGGAAACAUCAGCAAACGUUUUUAUAAAUUUUUUGAUGGCAGGGAGCUUAGCAAGAAUCUAUCGCCAAACGAAAGACCUCUUUCUUAUUCUCAUAUAGAUUUUAGUUUAGCGCAGUCAAGUUAUACAAAACAGCGUCACUGAACACGCAUUGUCCAAAUGUUGGACAUAUUCUGUCAAUUUUGCACACAGCGAAAAAACGUUGAAUUAUAAAUAGUCUGAUAUUAUAAUCAACGAAACUGUUUACAUUUAAAACGGUUAAAUUUUUAAGCUUUCUGACUACUGAAAACCUUCUUACCCGUUAACUUGUCGCGUCUGCUGGAUUGAAAAUCUAAGAUGGCGAUUCAAUUCAGUACUGAGCAAAUUGCACAGUACCGCAUGGCAUUUGACAUGUUUGAUUUGGAUAAAGACGGAGCAAUUGGCGAGGAUGAGUUGGGCAAAAUGAUGGCACAGUUGGGACAGCCAAUGAGCAGUCAGGACUUGAAGGAGUUCAUUGAGGAGAUUGACAUAGACGGCAACGGGUCAAUAGAGUUCAACGAAUUCCUCGAGAUGAUGAUUAAGAAAAACCCUUCUGCGCUGGAUGGGAAAGAGAAAAAUGCUAACGACGAUAUAUCAAUAGCGUUUAAGGUUUUCGAUCGGAAUGGCGAUGGCUUCAUAAGCAAAAAUGAGCUGAUGCAUGUCUUGAUGGGACUGGGAGAAAAUUUGACGGAAGACGAUGUGAUGGAAAUUAUUGACGAAGGAGACAAGGACAAAGAUGGAAGACUGUCCUACGAGGAGUUUAAGGCUCUUCUUCAAAUUGAAACUUCAGAGCUUGAUUUACCGCCUUGAAAAAGACACAAUACAUAGCUUUUAGUACACAAACAUAUAAAUAAUCAUUUGACAGACCUUAGCUAUAAUAAAAACUGU